AUGGCGGCCUUCGACGAGAACGGCACCACUGACCCGCCUCUGGCAGACAGCUAUCGCAAGCUGCUCCGCAGAGACGAGCUCGGCGGCGCGCUAGCGCGGGAGAGCCUGGCCGUGCUGGAGCGCGACCUGCCAAUGAUCGACUUGAAGCGCCUGACGAGCGGCGACGCGAGGGAGAGGGACGUGUGUGCAGACGCCAUGGCGAGCGCGGCGUCGGAGUGGGGCUUCUUCCAGGUGAUCAACCACGGCGUGGGGCGGGAGCUCCUGGAAGAGAUGAGGCGGGAGCAGGCGAUGCUAUUUCACCAGCCGUUCGAUACCAAGGAGAAGGCCGGACUCCUCAACGGCUCGUACCGGUGGGGCAACGCGACCGCGACGUCGCUCCGGCAGCUCUCGUGGUCGGAAGCCUUCCACGUUCCGCUCGCGAGCAUCUCAGAGGAAGACGCAAAGCUCAGCUCCUUGAGGGGAAUGAUGCAGGAGGUGGCGGACGCCAUGUCGCGUGUGGCGGAGACGGUGGCCGGGACGCUGGCGAAGAACCUCGGGCAGGCCGGGUCGACAUUCCCCGCUGCCGCAGGGUGCGACGGGACGACGUGCUUCCUGCGGCUGAACAGGUACCCGGCGUGCCCGUUCGCGCCGGACACGUUCGGCAUGAUGCCGCACACGGACAGCGACUUCCUCACCGUCCUCUGCCAGGACCAGGUUGGAGGCCUAGAGAUCAUGAAGGACUCCCACUGGGUCGCGGUCAAACCCCACGCCGACGCGCUCCUUGUCAACGUCGGCGAUUUGUUCCAGGCAUGGAGCAACAACAUAUACAAGAGCGUGGAGCACAAGGUGUUGGCUAACUCCAAGGCGGAGCGCUUCUCCAUCGCCUACUUCAUGUGUCCAUCGCAUGACUCGCUCAUCGGCACAUGCGGCGGGCCAUCGCCGUACAGGCCGUUUACCUUCGAAGAGUACAGGAGGAAGGUGCAGGAUGACGUCAGGCGAACGGGGAAAAAGAUUGGACUCCCCAACUUUCUCAAACGUUCUACGAUAAGUUGA